AUGCAAUGGUGUGACCGUCCGGAGAGCGUGGACGGGAAUAAGGCUCGCUUCAAACACGACGGAGACAAUCAAAAACGCGUUCAAGCAAAGCUGCCCGGGUUGCAUGUUCCCGUUGCUCAAGGCGUUGCAAAACGAGUCGGACGAUGGCCAGAGCCCCAGAACCAACAAUCUUCCGGGAUUGACCCGGGCCGGCCGGGACUUCCGUCUGCACCUGCGACUGGCGCGUCAUCACCACCAACACCAGGACCACCAUCCAGCGAUCCCGCUUCGCCCCUCCCCACGCCAUUGACCAGAGAGGAAGAUAGAGAUAAAAACGGGGACACCGAAAAAGAGGAGGGAAAAGAAAAAGAGAUGCCACUCCCCCGCUUCGGCAGCCUCCCGCUCACAGCACCGCGCCUGCUCUUCCACACCUUCGCCUCCGCCUUAUGCCUGCACGUCAUCGUCUUGACCCACGGCUACAACGUCAAGUUCACCUACGGCCCCUCCAUGGCCCCCACCAUGGGCGCCUUCGGCGACGCCGUUGUCAUCAGCAAGCUCCACCGCCGCGGCCGCAACAUCGUCGUUGGCGACCUGGUCAGCUACGAGAACCCCUUCUGCUUGGACUAUGGUAUUAUUAAGAGGGUCAUCGCCAUGCCCGGCGAUUUUGUACUCAGGGACACGCCUGGCGCCGAGAGGGGACAGGGGUUGAUGGUGCAGGUCCCAGAAGGCCAUUGCUGGGUCGCGGGCGACAACCAGUUGCACUCGCGCGACUCGAGGCUCUACGGACCGGUACCGCUGGCCCUGAUAAGAGGCAAAGUAAUCGCCCGGGUGAUGCCUUUCAGCGAAGCGUGCUGGUUCAAAAACACGCUGACGGAGCCGACCGACGAGGAGUUGGACGAGUUGGAUUGA